GAUUGCCACAGGAAUGUAUUUCUUCUAGCGUGACUCUCCCACACAAGUGUUCGAGUUGAUGAGAUCCAAUGAGCUUGUUCAUCUUUACAUUUUCCCAGCACAGAGCGGAUUGAGCAUGCGUGGAGCUGUUGCUGUCUGCGUGGUACUGGCGUGCCUUGUGGCGUUGCUGGUUGAGAGGACACAAGGACACAUCACCUUCUUCAGUCCCAAGGAGAUGAUGCUGAUGAAAGAGCGCGAGGGGAGAAAAGACAUGGAGCCUCGGUCGGAGGACGGCCAGUUUGAGGAAGUUGCCGUCCAACAGCUUCCCCAAGUAGAGCAUGGUGGAAAUCCAGACAAAACAGUGGACAUCACCGUGCGUCUUUCACCCAAACAGCUGGACCAUGUCGCUCCUGUGCUCGAGGAGCUCAUCCAUGAAAUGUAGCGACGAGUUGAGUAGUGUGCUGGGGAACAGAAGAUAAAAAUGCUGUAUGAAUUCGUCAAAGAAUGAAUGCUCUUGUAUUUUCUUUUAAUAUAUUAGUCAAUAAAGGGAAAAAAAACUGUUUAACUAAA